AUGGGAAAUGAUUCCAGUCCAAUUUCACUAUGGCAUGACAUCCCCCUCUAUGCUGAUGAGGCCAACAAGGUCUUCAACAUGAUCGUUGAGGUUCCCAGGUGGUCCAAUGCUAAGAUGGAGAUUUGCAAGGAGGAGGCUCUAAAUCCCAUCAAACAGGAUGUGAAGAAAGGAAAUCUCCGAUUUGUCCACAACUGUUUCCCACACCAUGGAUACAUCUGGAAUUAUGGAGCCUUGCCACAGACUUGGGAGAACCCAAAUAUGACAGAUGAAUCCACUGGGCAGAAGGGAGACAAUGAUCCUAUUGAUGUAUGUGAAAUUGGACACAGGAUUGCCAAACCUGGAGAAGUGAUCCAAGUCAAAGCUCUUGGGAUCUUGGCCUUAAUUGAUGAAGGGGAGACUGACUGGAAGGUGAUUGCCAUUGACACCUCUGACCCACUUGCAGAAAAACUCAAUGAUAUUGGAGAUGUGGAGAAUGAGAUGCCUGGGUUCCUGAAGGCAACCCAUGAGUGGUUCCGCAUCUAUAAGAUGCCUGAUGGAAAGCCUGAAAAUCAAUUUGCAUUCAAUGGAGAGUUCAAGCCAAAGGAUUUUGCUCAUAAGAUCAUUCUGGAAACGUACCAUGAGUGGCAGGGUCUAAUUCAGAGAAAGGAAGAUCCUGGAAAAAUCUCACUAGCUUGCACAACAGUGAACACUCAAGAUAAGAUGUCUGGUGAAGAGGCAGAAGCUCUGGUUUCAGCUGCUCCUCCUCCUGCCUCUCCUGCACCCAUCGAUCCCACCGAGUUGAGGCUCAUGCACAUGGAGGGCAAGCAGCACGGAAUCUCCCGGGAAGUCUUGCAAAGCGACAUCACCGAGGUGUUGAAGGACGUGGAAGAUGAC